GGGCGUCAAUCGAGAAUUUCCAGAUUUCCGCUGCUUUUCUCGGUGGGUCAACUGAUUCACUUCCCCGUCUGACCCGCUCCCCGGUCCGAUACCUGAAACACCCUGUUCCUGCAUAUAGUAUCUCAUCUCGGUUGAAGGGUGUCUGGCGCAGUUGGGGGCUAUCGAUAGUGUUACCGGAGGAUCUUGCCUGCACCAAGAGCCCAUGAGACCUCGACAAGUGCCGCUCUUCUUAAACUGAGUGCCGUCGAGAGGCCAUCCCUGGCUAACUCACGAGUACAGGAAAUGGCUCUUGCUGAAAUCAUUCUUCAGGAGCGCAGCUAUAAAAUCAUAUCCUCAGCAUUGUUGAAGCUGGCAUUUAGGGCCCUCAAUCCCAGGUCAAAUUCCAUGCCCUUUUUUUCUCGUACAGGUGGGAUCAAGGAGCCAGAUUGUCAAGCCAAAUUAACACCACCUAGAUCUCUCUGGGUAAGCUCUCUCUUUUGUUCUGGGGAUUCCUAAUGCUUAUGGGGGAUUAAAUGAAGGAUGCACUAGCUUCUCUCAGGGGGAAUAAACAUCGGCAAGGCCGAUCAAGACCUAGAAUUCUCCGAACACAGCCGUCCCCUUUCAAUAUGUGGCUAACACCGGAAAAAUGGUUAAUAUGUCUCCAUGCGGUCAUUACGUCCUUCUUCAGAGCUACAAAUACCACUUGUCCGUGGAGAGCACGAGACAAGGCAGGUGAGCCCAGGCGGGGCUCGAAUGCAUGGCUUUUUGUACAAGGCCCUUUUUGUCCUCCACCGCCGUCCCCUCUGAGGGCACCUUAUUCAUUUGUCCUCUCUCAAGGAACCCGCUCUAUCCCGAGAGGAGAAUUAAACCUAGAAACCCGUGAAGACCAAAACCGCCGGAACCAUGAUGUUACCCCGUUACCCCAUGAUCUUAGCCAUGCAUGUUAUAUUGUUUAACCCCGAUAUAAGCUAAUCCAGCAGGGAAGGAAAAAUAAUGGAUUUUGGACCAAAUGCACUAGGGUAUCCUAAGGGGUGAUGGGAAUUCACGACCCAGGAGUAUCAUCUGGCUGGGGCAAAUAGGCUAAAGUGAGGGCAUCUCGGCUAGAGGGCCGGAAGGGGAAAAUGAUAAAUAGGAGAAGGAAAAUCACAGGCACAGAGCACCGAUUGCCAAUGACAAGGCCUCUCUGUGUUCAAAGAAACACCGAAACAGUCACAACGGGAAUAUUAAUAAUAGGAAAUGCUGCGAAGGGCGGGAUUUGUAAGCGGUUACUGCAACUAAUUUCCCGUGAAUUCCCAAGGCUUUUCAGUUAGGCAACUCAAAGUGAUGAUAAAUGUAUAAUAGGGGGAACACCGCGCUGUUGGAGGUUUUAGCUUACGGCGCUCCGGUUCUGUACACCUUCCCUAGCUCUCCGGUGGAGCGUCACGAGCUCCAACGUUGCCGAGCAGCGCGCCUCUGCACAGAUUUCAUGUUGGACGGGGAAGCGGGUCAGAUGGAGAAGUGAAUCAGCAAACACGCGCCGGAAUUUUCAAAAUCUGGAAAUCUCAACUAAUGUCCAACAGCAGGAGGGGGGGGUUCGGAAGGGUGGGAGAUAUUCUUGAUUUCACAGUAUCAUAUAUCGGAUGCUCCCCUUUCCGAGCUGGUUUCGUGGUUUUUGAUUUACGCGAAAAUUCCGCAGCGAGGGUUCGAGUAAAAUUCACACACGGAACUAUUCACUUCUGCGUCUGACUAUCUUCCCGGUCCAAUACGCUCUCUCCCACAGAGCAAAACCCGUUCGCCGCUGAUGAGUAGUAUUCUCUCAAUAGCUUUCAGGUUGUAGGGCGAAGGGGACUGAUGGCGCGAGCGAUUUGCCACUAGAGGUGCGAUUACCGUGCAUAAUUUCCAUUUCGCGAGCUGGCUAUCUGCGGCUACUCACCCGAGGAAAUCCUCCUUCUGCUUGGAUUUGCAGGUGUGAGUCGCUGCAACUUCCGUGGUUGAUCUCCGCCUCUUGUUGAGAUAAUGGUGAUAUCUCAUGAACCUGAUUUCUCGAACAAUACUGCAGCACAGGCUCCUGUUCUUUCUACUACUACCAAUUCCGGGUUUAUGCGAUAGGCUUGCGUCAUAGUGUGAUACCUGAACCAUAAUUCGUAAAUCCAAAAGAACAGACCAUGUGAGUAAACUCACUACGUUUCCAGCUC